AUGGCAGCUGUAACGUCGCCUGUGAAGUACGUUGGUGUGAACAUGGACCAUGGGCUGGUCUCCAGAGGGUUGAACAUCUUUGUUCCAUCGGCUUCUGCUGCACAGAACAUACCGAUAAGUGCCGUCUUUCUAGCCCACUUCAACGUCCAUACUGGUUAUGAGUUGAAAUGGAGCAAGUCAGUCGAUGAGAUCUCACUGGAGGGUGUGGAGUUUAAAGCAUUGCCUUCAGGCUUGCAUGAGAGGGAACGAGACGUGAUAACAUUUGUGCUGCCGGCUAAGGGAUCAAAGGGUGUUGAUGAUUUGUUGUAUGGAGUAUGUGUUUUCCACCAGAACUUGAAAGAGUCAGAGAGCGGUGAUAGAUCCACUGUUAAGAUGUACUCGCUGGGUGUGAUUGUUGAUCCCUACAAGCAUAGGUCCAACUCGUUGGUGACAUCCUCGGGUCCUGCUUGGAAGCCGGCAAACUUCUCAUGUGGAGUUGAGCACGUGGAAGAGCUGAACCAGCUGUUGGAUAAUUGGAAGGAAGAAGACGGCUAUGACUCGUUUGAGAAGUUCUUUGAGGCCAAAUCUGAUAUCGUCAAUGUUAUGUCAACACCGUCAUCACCAAGGGUCCAGAGAAUAUUGCCGUCGGAGAAUGCAAAGGAGGGAAAUCACCACUAUCUGUUGAAACUGGACUCGCUCCUGGAAACAUUAGGCCCACUGAUCUUCAAAGUGUGGAGGUGCUCGCUGUUGAGACAGAGAAUCAUCUUCUUCGAUGCCCCUUCUUUGGAGGAGAGUUGUGCCUUUGCUUAUUGUCUCUCAAUACUAUCAACGGUUCCACAGGAGCUGAAAUCGCUAAUCGAUGAAACCACGGCGUGUAAUCUCCAGUUCAACAGACCAAUCUUCUCCGUUGGUGUCAGUGAUAUUGAUUGGCUAAAGACUUUGGCCUCAAACGAGGAUGGCUUCAUUGCAGUGUCGUCAGAUGAGAUUAUCAUGUUCAAGAACAAGCUCUACGACACAGCUGUGCAAUUGCAGAGGGAAGACGCUUCCAGUCCUGUGAUGUUCCAGUCAAAGGCCAAGCUACCAGGUGCAGUCAAUGUCCCAGCUCUAAGAGCAACACAGAGAGAUUUGAAGAGAUUCAACGUGCUCGUACGAGAAUAUGAACUGUAUAAGGAUAGUGACAUCACAGAUGAUGAAUCAUCGCUGGAUUGGUGGGCUCAGGUAACUGAGCCACUUUCAUGGAGGUAUCUGGCAUGGUCUGGCUUCUACUGGUGGGCUUCAGCGGGUGAGAAGGAGCUCAUGGACGACGAGACUUACUCUGAAGGGAUUGCUGGUUAUAGUGAGAUUGGCGAGAACGGUAAUGAGAGGCUAUUAUCAAUAGUGGGCUAUUUCCAAAGCCUUACAAAGAGAAUAUUUAGAACCGUUCAGGAUAUUGUCGGGGACUUGGACGUUAAUGAGCCAAUAGUGGUGGAAUACUCUGACCUGGUUGAAAUGGGAUUGGAUCCUUACUCCACGGACGACAUUGAAUUCGUCAUUGAAUUCAUCAAGCUAUGGUGGAACCGAGAUGCCAAAGUCGGAAGCUCACUGGGUAACCUGUGUUGUUUUAUGUAA